AUGCCUGGUAAAGACGAUGAGUACGAUUAUCUAUUCAAAGUUGUACUAAUUGGAGACUCCGGUGUUGGUAAAAGUAACCUACUGUCUCGUUUCACACGAGAUGAAUUCAAUCUGGAGAGCAAAAGUACAAUCGGAGUUGAGUUUGCGACAAGGAGUGUCCAGAUUGACGGGAAGAUAAUAAAGGCUCAAAUUUGGGAUACUGCCGGUCAGGAGCGUUAUCGAGCGAUUACUUCUGCUUAUUAUCGUGGUGCCGUUGGUGCACUAUUGGUGUACGACGUUUCCAAAGUAGUAACUUAUCGUAAUUUGGAUCGAUGGUUAGGUGAAUUACGAGAUCAUGCAGACCAGCAUAUUGUUAUCAUGUUAGUUGGAAAUAAGUGUGAUCUUCGACAUCUUCGUGGAGUUAUGACUGAGGAAGCGAAAAGUUUUGCUGAACGAAAUGGACUUUGUUUCAUUGAAACGUCAGCUUUGGAUUCUACUAAUGUAGAAGAAGCCUUCUGUCAAAUUCUCCAAGCUAUUUAUAAUAUUGUCAGUUCACAUCCUCCAGUGAGUAAUGUCGAUAUGAAAAUGUCUCCAUAUCAUAAUCAACCGAUUGUAUCACCGAAUGCAGAGAAUCCAAGCAGUGGUCGACGAUGUUGUAGUUGAACACAACAUGUACAACAGCAACAACAACAACAGCAAUGGAUUAACUACUAUUGAUUGGUUGAUUGAUUGAUUACGUAACCUUUACACAUCCUUUUCUCU